AUAACGAUAUUAAAAUUCCCGCCCUUCUGGAGCACGGGGCAGCGGCGAGGCGUCGCCAGGACAGGCGGCAGAGCCACCAGCGGGACGCAAAGCGGCGGAGCGGACGGCAGGGGGCGCUGCCAACAGCCCCCGCCGACAACGGAGCGGCGCGAGGGGCGGCCCCGGCGGCGAGGCGGUGGGACGUCUCUCAAGAUGGCGGCGCCCCUGGACAUGGAGCCGCCGGCUCUCAGCCUGGAGCUGCUGCCCACCGAUCCGCUGCUGCUCAUCCUCAGCUUCCUCGACUACCGGGAUCUGAUGAGCUGCUGCUAUUUGAGUCGGAGAUUAAAUCAGCUAUCAAGCCAUGAUCCAUUGUGGAAAAGACACUGCAAGAAAUACUGGCUUAUUUCAGAUGAGGAAAAAAGUCGGCGAAAUCAGAGCUGGAAAGCUAUCUUCAUCAGUACCUACUCCGAUCUAGGAAGAUACAUCCAGUAUUAUGCUACGCUGAAAAAAGCCUGGGAUGACCUAGAGAAAUACCUGGGACAGCGGUGUCCUCGGAUGAUUGGUUCUUUGAAAGAGAGUGUGCAGGAAGAGGAUCUAGAUGCUGUGGAAGCACAGAUUGGCUGCAAACUCCCUGAUGACUAUCGAUGUUCAUUCCGUAUUCAUAAUGGACAGAAGCUGGUUGUUCCUGGGUUGAUGGGAAGUAUGGCACUGUCGAACCACUACCGCUCCGAAGACUUGCUGGAUAUUGACACGGCCGCUGGAGGCUUUCAACAGAGACUAGGUCUGAAACAAUGCCUCCCCCUGACCUUCUGCAUUCACACUGGCCUGAGUCAGUACAUGGCCCUGGAGAGCGUGGAAGGACGGAAUAAAUACGAGAUCUUCUAUCAGUGUCCAGACCAAAUGGCUCGCAAUCCAUCUGCUAUUGAUAUGUUCAUUACAGGAACAUCUUACUUGGAAUGGUUUACAUCCUAUGUCAACAAAGUGGUAACUGGUGGUUACCCUAUCAUCAGAGACCAGAUCUUCAGGUAUGUGCAUGAUAAAGAAUGUGUUGCUACCACAGGAGAUAUUACUGUUUCUGUAUCCACAUCUUUUCUACCUGAACUCAGUUCUGUACAUCCACCGCAUUAUUUCUUCACUUACAGAAUCAGAAUCGAAAUGUCCAAAGAUGCCCUUCCUGAGAAGGCUUGUCAGCUGGACAGUCGAUACUGGAGAAUAACAAAUGCCAAAGGUGACGUGGAAGAAGUUCAAGGUCCUGGAGUAGUUGGGGAGUUUCCAAUAAUCAGCCCAGGGAGAGUCUAUGAAUAUACCAGCUGUACUACUUUCUCCACAACGUCUGGAUAUAUGGAGGGGUAUUACACCUUCCACUGCCUCUACUACAAGGAAAAAUUCUUUAAUGUUACGAUUCCCAGAUUUCAUAUGGUGUGUCCAACAUUCAAGGUGUCUACAGCACGAAUGGAAACAAAUAAUAACAAGUAUGCAGUGGAUGAAGACGAGGAUUCCACAGACACUGAUGAAUAUGAGGACCGCCGUAGAGUGAUGGACAUUCCUGCACCUUCUGGACGCUGCCCACAUCAUACCUGAUGGGACUUUUUUCCAAAGCUGUUUUCAGAAGCUGAACUCUUUGGGGCUAGUGCAUAAAAAUAUUUCUGACUAUUGUAAAUGAACUUUCUGUUGCCCAUCAGGGCAACUAGCAUGAAUGUUGGUGCCAGCUCUAAUAUUCAUCAGAGUAUAACUUCUUUCUUUUUUGUUUCCUGGUUUGGAAGUGCAACGGGAAGGGGGGAAGGAGGGAAGUAGAGAAAGAGAAAGGUGUUUGGGUUUUGUUCACUUUUUUUCCUGGGUGCAAAACAGCGUGAUAGUCUGAGAUAAUCAUAUGUUUUGAUUUUAAACCAUUGUGUGGGGAUUUGUUUUUAUACAAGCAUUUGAAAUUAGCAAUAGACAAGGAGGCAAAAGAGGUGCAUAUUGUCCACGUGAGUUUCUACUGUUGGUAAUUUCUGCUAGGAAUGAUGUUUGCAGGUUGGUUGAUAUAUCCUGUUUGGAUUAGAUCAGGUGCUCUUAUGCUCUUUUUAUUAAUGUAGAACCACCAGAAAAUUCUGAUUGUCAGAUAAAUUUGGAGUGGAACUGGCCUUAUUUCUAGACAAUCUGUCUUUCUGCUUAAUUUUAUGCUAAGUGACUCUGAUUGAAUAAUGCCUUUUCAGAAUGUAGUGCACACACAUCAUCUGCCACUUGGUAAAGAAAUUUCUCAAUGACUACAAAGUAUGAAUUUGUAAAUAUGGUUUGAGUUUUUCAUUAUAUGAUGUUUGCUGUUCAGACUUUGCCCUAGUUGACAAUUUCUGUCAAAGUAUCAUGUUUCCCUAAAUCCUCUGUGGAUUUUUGCAACUAUGCCUCCUGAAUCCCCCCAUCAAAAAUAAAAAAAAGAAAAGAAAAAGAGCCUGACAGAACACCAGAUGACUAGAAUCUGUAUAUUUAAAUAAGUAUCUGUUUGCUUUAUCACUUUUAUUUUGUUUUCACUGUCAUUAAUAAACGAAUUAACUGCC